AUGUUCACGCCGAUUCACACUGCACUGGGUGCCUUACUGCUCUACCAGGGCUCUUCGGGGUUGCUCUUUCAUAAUGGUGCUGUCUUUGGUAUCUCGUCUCUGGUCUCGGGGUCUAUACUUCACCCGAGCAGGGAAAAUGUGCCUAUUAUUGCGGGUUUGGUGUGCAGUAUCGUCCCUGUGUGGGCUUUGGCUCCCUCUCUCAUCCCCAACUACCCUGUUGCGCCUAAUUCUUUGGCCUCGGUGGCUGCAACAUUCGGUGUUGGCGUUCUGAUGGGCUGGGGAACGAAGAAUGGUCGCGGAUGUACCUCAGGACAUAUGCUCUGUGGCUUAUCACGCUUGUCUCCUCGUUCGUUGAUCGCGACAGCUAUUUUCUUCACCACCGCUCUGAUAACGGCCAACUUCGUUGGAGGAUCUGGUAUUCCACCUUGUGAGAUGGGCCCUUGUUAUACUCCCAUAUACCCAUCGGUAGCAGAGCUUGCGUUCAUGUCUGGUGCUUUGAUCUUAUCUAGCAUCACGAAUUUCUUUAUUGUGCCGAAGGUACUCACACGAUCUGAGGAAUCGAGAACGUUGUUUUCCUAUCUCGCGGGACUGGAGUUUGGACUCGGACUGUUGAUAUCCGGGAUGGCUGACCCUGCCAAGGUCUUAAGGUUCUUUGCCUUUCUUACGGACUUUUCUCGCUUUGAUCCUUCUUUAGCAUUGAUCAUUGUGUUUGGCAUCGGUCCAUCGAUGGCGACCUAUCUGUCUAACAGUCCCCGUCAGAUAAGUCACAAAGGAAAGUCACAGACAAAACCCACGCUUGCCGAAAACUGGAGACUUCCCACAGCCACGGUGGCUGAUAUUGACUGGCGGUUCGUUUUCGGUGCGGUGGCGUUUGGAAUGGCUUGGGGUCUGAGAGGAGUGUGUCCUGGGCCGGCAAUCCUGCGUACAAUCCUUCAGCCCGUUUGGGGACUUGCAACAAUGAGCGGGUACAUAGUUGGAAACACAUUCUAG